AUGGCCUCACGUGCUUGGUGUUACCAGAUUAAAGAUGAACAGAGAGAAGAUAUUGCAAUUGUAGAAUCCAUUAAUACUGGAAAGCCCAUUACUGAGUCAAGAGUUGAUGUGGACGUAGCAUGGCAGGCUGUUCAAUAUUACGCUGGAAUUGCUGGGUCUCUUGCUGGCCAACACAUUCAGCUCCCUGGAGGAUCAUUUGCUUACACAAGGAGAGAGCCGCUUGGUGUGUGUGUGGGCAUUGGGGCUUGGAACUACCCAUUCCAGAUAGCCUGCUGGAAGUCAGCUCCAGCUCUGGCUUGUGGAAAUGCCAUGAUUUUCAAGCCUUCACCUUUGACUCCUCUGACUGCCGUGAUGCUUGCUGAGAUCUACACACAAGCUGGGGCUCCGAAUGGGUUGUUCAAUGUGCUUCAAGGGGCUGUAGAGACCGGAAAUCUCCUGUGUAAACACCGAGGUGUGGCAAAGGUUUCUUUCACUGGUAGCGUGCCUACUGGAAUCAAGAUCAUGGAAACGGCAGCAAAAAGCGUCAAGCAUGUCACUCUCGAACUUGGAGGGAAAUCUCCGCUCGUCAUUUUCUCUGAUUGCCAUUUGGAGAAUGCUGUGACAGGUGCAAUGCUGGCGAACUUUCUCAGCCAGGGAGAGGUGUGCAGCAAUGGCACCAGGGUGUUUGUACAGAAAGAUAUAAUGUCCAAGUUUGUGGAAAAAGUGGUGGCAAAGACAAAAGCAAUAAAAGUUGGGGAUCCACUGCUCGAAGAUACGCAAAUGGGAGGGCUCAUCAGUCGCCCACACAUGGACCGAGUGUUGUCUUAUGUGAAGCAAGCCAAGGAACAGGGUGCAGCUGUUCUUUGUGGUGGAGAUCGUUUUGUUCCUAAUGAUCCGAAAUUGAAAGAUGGAUAUUUCGUGAAACCUUGUAUUCUGGGAAAUUGCAACGAUGAGAUGACCUGUGUUAAGGAGGAGAUAUUUGGACCUGUAAUGUCAGUGUUGGCAUUCGAAACAGAGGAGGAGGUUAUAGAGAGAGCGAAUAACACUGACCUCGGUUUGGCAGCUGGAGUGUUCACCAGAGAUUUGACUCGAGCUCAUCGGAUGGCAGCCGCUCUUGAGGCAGGGACAUGUUUUAUAAACAACUACAAUGUCUCCCCCAUUGAAAUACCUUUUGGAGGAUAUAAAAUGUCAGGGUUUGGAAAAGAGAAUGGAAUAGCGACAAUUGAAUAUUAUACACAACUGAAAAGCGUUUAUGUGGAAAUGGGAGAUCCAGAAUGUUCUUUCUAAAUUGCAAUACUGUUCGUGCCUAAACUCGACCUGUUGUUUCAGGUUAGUUUAUAAUAGUGGUGGCUUAUUUUCUUGUUUCUGAUUUAAAUGUCCAAACUGUCUUUGUUGAUGUUGAUUAUUCUGUAAUAUGAAAGCUUACUAUCACCAUUCAAACCAUAACUGGACCCUCUUGUAAAAUGAUUUUUGCUGUCCUGUUCUUCAUUAAAAUUGGAUUGCCUUGCUUCUUAAAAUCAAAA